UUGGUUCUUUUUCUUUUCCUUUUUUUCCUUCUUCCCUGAACUGGUCGCGCGAUGUCCUCCCCUGUUGAUCCGCAAAGCAAGGCGGGGCGGAGAGCCGAUGACGUCGAUGCCCGCUGAGCAGGUUGGCCGAACUCGUCAUGAGAGCUCGCCUACAUAAGGCUGGUUCUCGCUGUCUGUUCUUUUCGACUCUAUCCAGACUAUUCAAUUGAACCGAACUGAACUGAACUGAGCUUGUCAUUUCUGUUCUUCCCAUCUUCAACGUCACCUUACGCUUAUACUUCACGUAUCCGUUGCUACCUCUAGAUAGUAGCUGCACUCGAAAUCCAGAGCUUAGGCUUCACAUCUAUUUUCCAGCAAGCAAGAGUUAUCCACAUCAGCCACAAUGCCUCGCGCAAAUGAGCAGCAGUCCCGCGUCUUCUACAAGGGCAAGGUCGACGACUUUGUCAUCUUCGUCGAUGACGCUCAGGCUUUGAACAACUGGCGCAAGGACCGCACUAUCCCUCUGGCUCAGGUGCUCAACGGCUGGAAGAUCUUCGUGACGCACCGUCACGGCGCUCAGGGUGUUCUUGACACUGCUAGCAAGGGUUCCUUGGAGAGCGAGUUCGGUACCUCCAAUGAGGAUGACGUCGUCAAGCAGAUCCUGGAGAAGGGUGAGCUCCAGCAGACAGUGGGCCGCGAACGCCAGGGUGACAAGAACCCCUCUGAUGGUCCCACCGUGCCUCAUUAAGUCUGCCAUGGACCUAGAUUCAGGGUCGUGCCUGGCUUGACGACCAGCCCGUGCGUCUCGAAUAUCGCAGAUCUCGCUGUGAUCGGUCUCUCUCUCAUCUAGCUGGUCUUCUGGUUGAGACAAAGACACGGUCAGAGAUCUGGCAGAUGAGAACGAAGAUAGCUCGACGAGUCCCUUAAGUCUUCCUU